UGCAGGCGCGCAAUCUGGAGACACACUGCAGUCACCCAGGGACUGGCUUAUCUGGAGACUGCUCAAAGUUGGCGGAGAAAGCUCCUCACAAUCAGGGAACCGUUGGAGGACUGAGCGUCCACCCCAGUGAUGUCACCUCGGAGCAGCCCCAGCACUCACACAGCCACACUGUGCGGGGGGAAGUAGUCACACUCUGAGGUAACUGCUUGAGGAAUGGUCUGACCUGCGGGGACAGAGAACUUCGACACGGCCAGGAUGUUGCUCCGUGGUUUCCUAAGUGCAAUAACUGGCAAAGCAAGGCAUCGCCCUGUGAAAUUAAAGAAUAUCCAGCCGAUAUGUAUACUGAUGUGCCUUCUGACAGCUCAUGCUGCUAAAUUUGAUUUCAAAGCUGUGUUUAGUGCGCCAUGCGUGGACAUUAUGACUUUAAGUACACCUGUCCCUGAGAUGACAGAAUUUACCGUGUGCACCUACAUACAGCUGGAUUCUUCUGAUCCCUGGACUGCUUUCACCUACCAGCUACCUACUUCUCCCACCAAUUCCUAUGAAUUUGGUCUUCUUGGUGACAGCAGCAGCAUGAAAAUAUGGAUGUUCGGCACUGAGAUAACUGUGUUUGAGAGACUAAAAGCACAUACUUGGUACGAGGUCUGCAUUAUGUGGGAUGGCAGCAAUGACUCCAUGGGAUUUUAUCUGGAUGGUACAUUAAAAGAAAGCCGCAAACUGGAGAACAGCACCAAACUAGACGGAGGUGGCAGUGUGGUCCUCGGCUGCUCGCACUUUAAAGACAUAAAUGCCUCAGCAUCUGUUGGGUUAGUCGGUAAUAUCUACAUGUUCCGGAUGUGGGACAGAGCACAAACGUCCCUUUUUCAGAAAUGCGUUGAUGGGAAAGUUAUAAAGUGGAGAAAGGAAGACUGGAUCUACAUCUCAACGGUAGUACAGACAGAUUCCUCCCUGCACUGCGCAAAAGGAACAGACCCUUCAACUUCUGGUCAGAUCAACCAUAACAUUCACAUGUUUUACAAAAGAUCUCUUCGAGUUUCAGGCAGCACUACUAGUGUGCCUCCUAUUUCACCACCAAACACCCCCACUACAGUGGUGUCUGGGAUAGUCACUGGUGGAACAGGGGUGAAUACUAGAGAGACUAAAACCCUGACCACUGGGUCUAAUACAUUCUUAGAAACCACAAAUAUAACUAAUGUCACCGAAUUUACCAUUGGCACAUCCAAAAGCAGCACACUUUGGACAUCAUCAUUAAACACAAUUGUCACCAAUGGGAGCAGCAGUUGGAGUAGUGGCGUAACGUCUCAGCAUACAUACCUUACAUCUGAGUUCAGCCAAAUAACGACUGAAAGUAUGAAUUGUUCCUUCAAUGACACUGAAGCAUUUCAGAACUGGCAUUCGGAUAUUUGUAAUACAAGUUGUGAUUACGGCUCAGCUUAUGAGAUCAUUCUGCAAAAAGAUUGUGCAUUGGCAGAACAUACACUUAAAAAUCUUUUUCUGAAAAAUACCAGCAUUACAUUCAUUGUGAAUAAUAACUGCAGUGUCUUGGCACUUGGACUUAAUGACACUGUCCUUGACAUUUGUUCUACAUUGAAUAACCCUGUUAUCAUCCAGUAUAUACUGUCUUUAAAAACCCUAGAUUACUACUGCUGUUGUCUCGAGGAGUGUUCAAUACCUAACUGCGUUGACAGCACCCUGACCUGUCCGCCUGGUGGCAGUGUUACCACGGGAGUCAAGUCCACAACCUUCAACAACACCGGCUUGACGAUUGCCACAACUUUUAUGAAUGGAUCUGGUACAACGGUUUACAGCGGACCUUCUGCAACUUUUACCAAAGGAUCUAGUGCAACUUUUAACAGUGGUCCUAUUACAGCCUUUAAUAAUGCAACAAUUACAAGUGAAGUUACGUUAACUGUGAACAGUAAAUCUAAAACAACACUUAACAGUGGAGGUAAAUCAACUGAUAGUGGAUCUAGUGCAACAGUUAACCAUGGAACUGCAGUAACUAGUAAUAAUGAGACCAGUACAAGAGGUGAGCGCGGAACAAUGGCAACUGGUAUCAGUGAAGCAGCUAACAAUGCAUCUCUGACAACAGGUAACAUCGGACCUAUAGCAACUGUCAUUAGAGGAACAGCUAAUGAUAGUCUUCUAACAACUUUAAAUAAUGGAUUUAAUACAACCUCUAACAGUGGACAUCUGACAACUAUUGAUAGUGGAACUCAUACAACAGUUAACAAUUCUCUGACAACUUUAAAUAAUGGAUUUAAUACAACCUCUAACAGCGGACGUCUGACAACUAUUGAUAGUGGAAAUCGUACAACAGUUAAAAAUAAUUCUCUGACAACUUUAAAUAAUGGAUUUAAUACAACCUCUAACAGCGGGCGUCUGACAACUAUUGAUAGUGGAACUCAUACAACAGUUAACGAUAAUCCUCUGACAACUUUAAAUAAUGUAUUUAAUACAACAGCUAGAGGUGAGCCUGCAAGGACUACUAAUAGUGGAUCUAAUUCAACAACUAACCGCACACCUAAAACAACUAUAACUGAUGGAUAUAAUACAACAUCUCAUAGUGGGCCUAGAAGAACUAGUACACAUAAUACCACUGAUAAUACUGGAUACACGACAACCUUUCACAGUGGAUCUGAAACAACGUCUAGUAACAGUCAGACAGUAACAAUUACAAACGGUUCCGUUACUUCAGAUGAAACCACAACAUCAACCAACAUUACAGAUGAUUUGAAAAUUUUGGCGGCCCUCCUGAGUUCCAGUAAUCUCAAUUCCUCCACUGUAGCCUACAUUGUGUCCAAGUUAGAAAAGCAUUUGUCUGGAGAAGUGAGUCCUCACGAUGCCGAAGCACUGCUCAAUAUCUUGAGUACAUUUCUGAAUAUUUCUCAAGCUCUUCUUGGACCAGUCUCUAACAGAUUAAUUCGAAUGGUGAAUAAAAUUGCCUUGCAGUUGACUUUCCCUGGAAAAUGCCUUUCUCUCACCUCUCAGUCCUUGGCACUGGCAGUGAAUAAAGUCAAUGUCAGCUCUUUCAUCGGCACAUCAUUCAGUGUUAAUUCUUCCUCUGGCCUGCAGGUAUCUUUGGGUUCCCAAGCACCAGCAAACAGUGAUGGCUCCGUUCUUCUUCCUGCUUCAUUAAUCAAUGACUUGUCUCCCGGUGACAAGAAGAAUGCUUCCAGAGUACAGUUUAACUACUAUGCAAAGACUUCAUUUUUCAAGGACUCCUCCCUCACUACAAACCAACAACUGGUGAGCAAAGUGAUAUCGUCAAGUGUUGCAAACCUCUCAGUAACUAAUUUAAGUGAAAAUAUUACUGUGACACUAAAGACUUCACCAAGGAAUGGCACAGAAAAAGUGGAUUGUGUAUUUUGGGACUUUAAUCAGAACAAUGGAAGUGGCGGGUGGUCUUCAUAUGGCUGUGUAGUUGCUAACACAACACAGAAUGAGACAGUCUGUCAGUGUAAUCAUAUGACCAGCUUUGCAAUAUUGAUGAAUGUAUCACCCAAUGAUCAAUUAAAUCCACAAGAUCUGUUGGUUUUGACCUUUAUCACAUAUAUUGGAUGUGGUCUUUCCGCAAUAUUCCUGUCUGUGACCCUCAUAACCUACAUUGCAUUUGAGAAAAUCCGGAGAGAUUACCCAUCUAAAAUCUUAAUUCAGCUUUGUGCUGCCCUGGUUUGCCUAAACCUCACAUUCCUCCUGAAUCCCUGGAUCGCACUGUAUAAUGACGUCCCUGGACUCUGUAUCUCUGUGGCUGCUUUUCUGCAUUAUUUUGUCUUGGUAUCUAUUACCUGGAUGGGUCUUGAAGCUUUCCACAUGUAUCUGUCUCUAGUGAAAGUCUUUAAUACCUAUGUACGAAAAUACAUCUUAAAGUUCUGCAUUGUUGGAUGGGGAGCUCCUGCGGUGGUUGUGGCAAUAAUACUUGCAGUUAAGAAAGAUGCGUAUUACCUCCAAAUAAGCGGAAAAUACCCUAAUGGAUCAGCAGAUUAUUUCUGCUGGGUGGAGGACAUUGUUUUCUGGAUCACAGUAGUCGGAUAUUUUGCUAUCAUAUUCCUGUUGAACGUCAGCAUGUUUGUUGUGGUCCUUAUACAGUUGUGUCGUAUCAAGAAGCAGAAACAGCUGGGCUACCAGAGGAAAACCACCCUCCAAGACAUGCGCAGUGUGGCUGGAAUUACUUUUCUACUGGGCAUUACAUGGGGGUUUGGCUUCUUCUCUUUUGGUCCUGGGAGAACGGUUAUCAUGUACCUGUUCACUAUAUUUAACAGUCUGCAAGGUUUCUUCAUAUUUCUCUUCUACUGUGUAGCAAAGGAAAAUGUCCGCAAGCAGUGGAGGCGUUAUCUUUGCUGUGGAAAAUUCAGGCUGGCUGAAAACUCUGAUUGGAGUAAAACAGCUACCAACAAGCUAAGGAAACAGACUUCAAAACAAGGUGUAUCCAGCAGUUCCAGCAACUCUAUCCAGUCAACCAGUAAUACUAAUUCUACAACAUUACUAGUGGCCAAUGAGUACUCUGUGCAUCCCAAUGGAAAUGGCAAUGUCUAUAAGGAGAGAAAUGGUGUUUCCUUUAAGCUGGAGAAUGGUGAGAUGCCACUUCAAGAAUUUUCUGGAAGACCAUCCAUCAAGAAUGGUGAUGUACACCAGAAUGCUUUGAGAAGGACUUCCAAUCGGGGAAGUGUGCAUUUCAUUGAUCAGAUAUAGUUGGAUCAUGAAGCCUUGACUGGGAAUCCUGCACUCCAAAUGUGAGAAUACUAGCGGCUCGUAUAUUUGAACAUUCACUGAACGUAGCUGCCUUGGACUGUCAAGCACGGCUGAAAUUAGAACACGUGAUAGAGAAGUCGCUGUUUCUCUAAUAAACUUAUAAUGGUCUUAGUCAAGUGAGAAGAACCAAGUAUAUGAUGGAAUGCGGGACAACGACACAGGAAAUAAUGUUUUAUGCCUUGUUCAUUCUUCUUUACUGUAUUUUUAUAUAUUUAAUUUAUAUAUUGUUAAGUUUAAUAUUAAUGUACGUAUGAAGACUAGGCCUGUGAGAUGUAUUAACAGUUUAAGCUUACACCUUGUAACUUAUUAGUGUGUAGGCCUCUUUUCUUCCAUUAUAUUUUCUCGACAGAACUGGACCUAUUUUGUGUCUUGUAACAGAAUGCUGCCGCAUUUUUUGAAAUUCCCCUUAGACAAUGUGAUAUUAAAAGGGGCACUGAUCUUGAGUUCAGCCCCAAAACACAUUGGUACGAUGAGAAAUGUUAUAUUGCAGAAGUGUUUGCAGAGGAAAGCUCUUUUUGCAUAUUUGCACAUUUUAAUGACGUUUGCCAUACUUGGCUUAUCAAACAUGUACAUACAAGCUCUACCUAAGGGCCCUUCACACUGCCUGAUGUUCGGGCAGAUUAUCGCUAACGAACAUUCGUUUGCCGGCAGUCGAUUGUGGUGUCUAAACAUCACUCUACAGCCAGCAAAUAAUGAUUCUGUCAUAAUGCGAUCGUUUCUCCCCAAACUGCGGAGGAGAUCGCUGCAUGUAAAUGCAGCCAUUUCCUCCAAUGUAAAUGGACCUUAAGGUAACAAAGUAAUGGCACCAACAUAAUAAAGUGCUUUGCACGCAUAGGAUAAGGAUGCUAUUUAUUACAGAAUGAAUACAGGCAUCACCCAGUUUGUCUGUUACAGUCACUUUUAAAGCAGUACUUUACCCGAGCCUAAUAAAGGUACGCAACAGAUGGAUACUGGAAAAGACAAUAUAGCGGGGACCAUAUGGACAUUUUCCAGGAUAUCUUAUUUAUAUAUUAUGUAUUUUUCACAGUGUUUUAAUACUUGUUAAAGGCCACUAUCACACAAGCCCGUUGGUUCAGGAAACACACUCCUUGUUAUGACAGCAUACCCUGGACCAAACACUGCUCCUCUGACUCAAACUCACAGCAUCUUAAUGGUCUAUGAUGCAGCAAGUUCCUGUCUGAUCAGAAUCCUCCUGUUCUGCAGUCACAGCAUUAUGUGAGUACUAGACCCUCGUCAGGCUGGAACUCACAGCAUCAUAAAUCAGAAGAGCCGUGUUCGGUGUAGGAAACGCAUCCUACGGAGUGUGUUUCCCAGACCAAACACGCUUAUGUGAAACUGGCCUAAUUCUGAAGAAUAACUUGUGGAAUCCUCUCAACCACACUGCCUUGCCUUGAAGCUUUUGCUAUACAUUUUGUUGCACAUGAAUAUGCAUGUUAUUUUGGGCGCAAAUGAUUUUAAUGAUGUACACUACGUAGAUAAAAUAGCUAGAAUUCCACAUUUGCAAGUCAUGCUCUUGUAAGAAAAUGUACAUAUAUCUAUCAGUAUGAUUUUUUUUUAUUUUCUAAAUGGAAUGUUUUAUUUUCUACUGCUGCUGAAUAAAUUAUCAUUGAAUGUAA